UGCCAUGGAGACGCGUGGUCCCCACCCGGCAGUCAGCGCCGGGAUCGUCCCACCCGGCGGCCGCGGGUCCUGGGCUUCCCCGGAUGAGCCGCCGCGGUGGGGUCGGGGCGGCGGGGUUCAGCGAAGAGUGCGAGGAGGACGAUGAGGAAGAGGAGGCUCAGGGCGGCGGCGCUGCGGGCUCUCCGGGCUCCAGGCUCCCUCCCAUCGCGGUCAGCACCUCAGAACUGGUCAAACGGAAGGUGAAGAAGAAGAAGAAGAAGAAAAAGACCAAGGGGUCGGGCAAGGGGGACGCAGAUAAACAUCAGAGCCGAGGCCUGAAGAGUCAGCCAUUGUCUUCAUCCUUCCACGACAUCUUAAAUCCCAGCAAAGACCAUGGCCCAAGGUCAGAGCCCAAACAGGACAAAGAGGCAAGCAAGCACAGCCCUUCCUACUCCUGCACCGUGAGUCUCCCCCACUUUGCCGAAGUAGAAGAGAACCUUUCCAACCAGAUCAACGAAAGCCUGCGCUGGGAUGGGGUUCUCACCGACCCAGAGGCAGAAAAAGAAAGGAUUCGCAUAUAUAAAGUGAACAGGAGGAAGCGCUACCGGAUUUUGGCUCUCAAGAGCUUCCACUCUGAUCCCUCUGCCGAGGACAACCCUGAGAACUUACCCUACCUCUCAGACAAGGACUGCAAAGCCAGCAGCAGGCCACCAGCCCCGAAAGCUGAUUGCCCUCAUCGCUACUUUGAAGGAAAUCUUUCUGCAAAGUUCCUAUACUCUGAUUUAGCCACUGCUCUGCCAGAGUGAGAUCUACCCACAACACUGAAUGAUAAGAAAAGGAAAUCAGACCCGUAUCGGACGCAGCAGAAGUAUGGUGUGUGGAGAUAACCAAACUCUCCUUCACCAAGAGGCACCAAGGUGCCCAGGAGAGUCACGCUGCUGAAGAACACAGGAAAUUUAGUGAACACACGCUUCCCAGAAUUGCCUUCUUCUUAAGCUGACAUCUCUCUUUGUUAUGCAAUUUCUCAUCAUAGUUGGCUGUCUAUCAUCUGCCCCUAAAAGGAAAAGAAACUGUAGAUUAUGCAAAUUCUUGGUCUCAAACUAAGUUCAUGGAUAAACUCAUACAGUACGUGCGUCUGUAUACCUGUGAAAAUGCCCUGAAUAUCCUGGAGACUUUAAAUUAAACACACCACUUAAACUUAUGUUUAAGAAUAGUGGAUUUCAGAAUUUCAUCCUUGGGAGGUCACAGUGGGAGGUCCCCAAAGGAAUAUUGCUGCUUUUAUAAAUACACUCCUUCCCUAAUCCCCCCAAACGGCAUUUUAAGCAAAGUUCUGGAGCAUUAAAAAAUACCUUACUAUAGGUAUGGUAGUACACACCUGUAAUCCCAGAACUCAGGAGGUUGAGGCAGGAGGAUGGCAAGUUCGA